AUGGACAUCACAGGGAACCCAGUUUUGGGAGGAAAGGGCCGAGAACGCGAAUUUAGGGCGGCGCCAACUGCCACCCAACGCGACUCCCACUUACCGUUAAACAUCAUGGAGCGCAACAAGCAGCAGAUCCUUCGGCGCCAGCGCCGCGAGGAGAGAGAGCUCCAGGCCCGCAUCCAGGCCAUGAAGCACACAGUCCCAAAGAAUGAUAAAAAGAGAAGAAAGCAGCUUCUCCAAGAAAUGGCCCACCUCGAGGCCAAGAUGGAGGAGAAGCACCAGCAGGAGCUGGAGCUGUACUUCGAGAGGCGCUCCCGCAGCAGCAACGUCGAUUCUGUCACUGAUGGGCUGGCCAGGAUGGCUCUCGAGAACCAGUCACUGUGCCUCUCGAGAGCACAGCGAAGGCUCAAAAGAAAGGCAGCCCUCCGGCAGGAGCAUGAGGAGAGGAUGGAGGUGCUGGAGAUGGAGGAUCUGGCCAGCUACCGCCGCGAGGAGGAGGAGAAGCUGGCUGCCAUCCUGCGCGCCAAGAAUCUGGAGAUGAAGAAUAUCCCGGCCGACGGGCACUGCAUGUACCGCGCCAUCCAAGACCAGCUGACGUCCUUUGUGGCUGUGGACAGCCUUCGUCACUGCGCCUCCGAGUACAUGCAGAAGCACGUCGACGACUUCCUGCCGUUCUUCAGCAACCCCGACAUCUGCGACGGCUGCGCACACGCCGACUUCCUGAAAUACUGCCAGGACAUCGUGAGACGCGCCUCGUGGGGCACCCAGCUCGAGCUGAGGGCCCUGUCGCACAUCCUGCAGACCCCCAUCGAGGUGAUCCGGGCCGAUUCGCCCGCCCUCAGUAUCGGGGAGGACUACAACACCAAGCCGCUCACCCUCGUCUACCUGCGCCACGCCUGCGUCGCCGGCGAGCACUACAAUUCCGUGAAGCUGGUCUAG